UAGGUAAGGCUAUCACUCUUCCAUAUUUUAGUCAACAUAAAGUAAAACCAGUUUUAAAACUUGAUUAUUUUGUAUUUAAAUCAAAUAGUUAAUACAAUUUAUAAUAAAUAAAUAAUUGUCCGUCACUCACAACUACAUAUUUAGUCAUGCUGGAUGAAUUAGCUAUCGAUUAUUCAGAAUAUCUGAAAGUCGAUAAUACAAAAGAAGUCGGUGCCUUGAAAGAUGUCAUCGAGGAUAUGCUUACUCGGCUCGAAGAGUUCCAAACAUUCAUGGAAAUGGUUAAGGCUUUACGAGUAGAAAGUACCAUGAUGCAUUACGACACAAUAAAAGGAUUGAAGUCUAAAGUUACGGAACUGACAAACACAGUCGACAAACUAGAAAAACUAGUGAACAAAGUUGGCGAGGAUGUGGAAUUAGUCGAUCAACAAUUGACUGAAGCUGAAUCUUGUAUGCCCAUUAAUAAGGAAGGGCCUCUGAACUCCAUUUUAAAACCGUUUUUUAAAAAACACGAGGAGCAAACUGCUGUUAAACAACUACUUAUAUAUGAGCCGCCGACAAUAUUUAAAUCGGAUGAUUAUUUUUUACCUGCCAAUAUCCAAGAUACACUCCAGACUGAAGUAUCUAAAGCAGAAAUGUCUGAAUAAGAUUGUAUUAAUGAUUUUAUUAGGUACAAAAUGUUUUGUCAACAAGGUCACUGGAUUGGAUUACUUUUACAAUUUAAAUAUUGAUUAUUACUAUUUAAAACACAUAAGUAAUAGUUUGUUAAAUCACACUAAAAUAAUAAAUAUCAUAAUUCUAUUUUGGAAUAUAUAUUACUGUAAGAACGUCGAUUUAUUUUUCAUAUUAAUAAAUAUUUUUUUUAUA